CUGGAUUAGGGGACAGGGGAGUAGUCCAUAGGCGGUAUAGGGAUAGUGUGCUCCAUCCUAGACCUGGAGUAGGAAGAUAGUGUGCUCCAUCCUAGACCUGGAGUAGGGGGAUAGGAGACCAUAGGAGGUAGGAGAGGAGUGAUAACCCCAUGGUGGAUCUGCUGUGAGGAGGACUGAGGACAGGAAGGACCCGGGAGGAUGUCAUCAGCCGGAGGAGAGUCAGCCAGCUCGGAGCUCCAAGCAGGUGUCAAAACCAGCACUCUGAGACGGGAGUCCAGGAGGACUAAAGGUCAGGACCGCAGUGAGGCGGGGCUGAUUAAGCGUUUCCGUGGUGAUGGCGUGCGCUACAAGGCCAAGCUGAUUGGGAUUGAUGAGGUGACAGCGGCGCGUGGGGACAAGCUGUGCCAGGACUCCAUGAUGAAGCUCAAGGGAAUGGCUACGUCGGCGCGCUCCAAAGGAGAGCACAAGCAGAGAGUCUUCCUGACCAUCUCCUUCGGGGGGAUAAAGAUUUACGACGAGAGAUCAGGGGUUCUGCUGCAUCACCACUCAGUGCAUGAGAUCUCCUAUAUCGCCAAGGAUACCCGGGACCACCGGGCCUUCGGCUACGUCUGCGGGAAGGAGGGACACCACCGGUUCGUGGCCAUCAAGUCCGGCCAGUCGGCAGAGCCCCUGAUCGUUGACCUGCGCGACCUCUUCACACUCAUCUACGACAUCAAGCAGCGCGAGGAGAUGGAGAGGAAGGCCCAGAAGGACAAGCAGUGUGAGCAGGCCGUCUACCAGACCAUUCUGGAGGACGAGGUGGACGAUCCAGUUUACCAGUACAUUGUGUUUGAGGCUGGACAUGAGCCCCUCCGUGGCCACCAAUCAGAGGAGAGCGUUUACCAGGUCCCUACCGCUACCAGUCAGCAGAAGGGAGAAGGGAUCUAUGACGUCCCAAAACGCCAUUUCAUGACUAACAUCAACCACUUUGAUCUGUUUGGAGAUAUGUCAACUCCACCCUCGAUUCCCCCGUCCCCGGCCAACACUCUGGACCCCAGCAGGAGCCACCGCCAGCCCCAGCCCCCAGAGAUGUUCACCGGCCCCUUCAGCCCCACCUCUGUCCCCUCAGGGUACAUGACCAUGGGGCCAGUCCAGGCAGCCCAGUGGGCCCAGCAGGGACCCUUCGCUGGCCAGGCCCAGACCCUGGCCUUUGGGGUGCAAGGGCCCCUCCAGGUGACCCAGGUCCUCCCUGGGGGCCAGCCCGUCAUCUGGAGCCAGGCCAACAUCUUCCCUGCCACCCAGCAGCAGUGGGCCGCCAUGGCUGCCUACAUGCCUGCCCAGGCUGUGGGGGGUCACCACCUCCCCAUGAUGGUGCCCAUCACCACCGUGUGCCCUGGACCCCAGGGGCCCCACGGUGACCUCUCCUCCACCCCUUCCUCGGCCAUCGCCAGCCCCCAGCAUCAGACGAUGGACCCCGUUCUGCUCCAGCAGCAGCAUAGCAUCGGUGGGGAUUCUGACGCAGGCGAAGGCCCCUCUUCGCUGGGCCUUGUCAUGGUGGGCAGCAGGUGUGGCACACCCAGGCCGAUGAGCCCUACUUCAAUGGGUCUUGGUGCAGUGGGUAGGUGUGAGACGCCCGUUGGCCUUGUCAUGAUGGCGAGGUGUGAGACGCCCGGUCUAGUGAACGUGCCCCCUGACACCCUGGUCUGUAGCCAGCUGGGCCUGGAGUCAUCAUCUGCCGCAACCCAGGAAGAGGAAGGCAGCUGUAGUGACCUUGACCUCUCUCGGAUGACCUUGAGUCCAGGCACGUCUACCUCGCCCUCCACUGACUCAGCGUCCACCCCAGCCCCCCAACCUGGCACGUCCUCAGACUCCGCCCCGUCCCAGGCUAGUGAUCCCCCCACAGACCACUCCCCCAUCGAAACAGAGGCCACACACCCCAGCACCAGGGAGGAUGACUCGGGCUCAUGCAACCGGGCUCGGUCUCCUUGUCCUUACAGUGAUGCUCCAUCUGACUGUCCACAGGCCCAGACCUGUCCGCAGGAAGACAGCUGUGUGUUUACACACAGACAGAGAUACCUGAACACACACACGCGCACGGACAAACACACAUGUACACACACUCAUAAGUACACGCACGCACGCGCACACACACACACACACACACACACAACUGAACACACUGUUGUCUCGUCAGGUCUGUGCGUCCGUCUUUAUUGGAGAUUUUUCAGAUCCACCACAACUACCAUGCUCUCUGUGUCCACGUUAAAGCCUACAGUUGGCCUAGGCUACUGCCUCCUCUGUGCUGCAUUGUGCUUGCUUCUACUCCGUGAUGUUGCCGGCAGUGGCGAGGAGCCCAGUGGCGUCCGUGAGGCUCGGUCUGUGGGGACUCAGGUCGCCGUGCAGCCAGUGGACUGUGUACAAUCAGAGUGGUCCUCCUGGACGCGCUGCGAUGUCUGCAGGAAGAAGAGGUAUCGUUAUGCUAAGCUUGUCCAGCCAUCUCAGUUUGGCGGGGAGCCCUGUCAUGUCCAGGGCAAAGAGGUGGAGCCCUGUAGCCCUCCAUCUCGCUACGACUGUACACAUGAUGAAACACCUCUGUGUGAAGGCUUCCUCUGCACUUACACAGGGCGCUGUGUGCCUAUAGACCUGCGCUGUAAUGGGGAUGAUGACUGUGGGGACUGGUCAGAUGAGAAGGGCUGUCAGAAGGUGAACAAGGCCUGCAAGCAGGAGGCACAGGAGUACCAUGGUAUCGAGAACCUGGCCAAAGGAAUCAACAUACUGAACAGUAACUUAGAGGGAGUGGUCAUUGACAACAGAUACUACGCAGGCAGUUGCUUGCCUCACUACAUCCAGGACAUCAGGUUCAGGAAGCCUUAUAACCUGCAGCAGUACACACUGGAGACCAAAGGCACAUACGACUUCAAGCUGCAGUCUUUCGAGUCAUACUCUGAGUUUGUCCAUUACACCAUGACGGAGCGCUCUUCCAAGACCACGGUGUCCAUUGGCUUUGCCGUGCCGGGCGUGGCCGAGUUCGGCUUCAACUACGCUGACUCCAAAUACUCCAAGUCAGAGAAGAAAAUACGCCGCGCCUCUAGGAAGGAAAACAGCUUUGUCCAGGCCAAGGCAGAGCUGCAACUGGCCCGAUACAUCCUGAAGUCAGAGGAUCUGAUGCUGCACCCGGAGUUCUUCCUGCGUCUUCGUGCCUUGCCCCAGUCCUACAACUACGGAGAGUACAGACAGAUCUACAGAGACUAUGGCACCCAUUACAUAACAGAGGCUACCCUGGGAGGAGACUACGAGUACACGGUCAUCCUGGACAAGGAGAAGCUGGAGAAGACAGAUUACUCUCUGGAAGCCUACAAGAACUGUGUGCAGAUAGGUCUGAAGGUGGGGGCCAACAUCAAGGGAGUGUAUGUGACUGUGGGGGUCGAGGGAGGUGGUUGUGAUGGUCUGCUCAAUGAAAUGGGAGAGGACACAGUGAAAGGCAGCAUGGUGGAGGACUUUGUCGCGGUGGUUCGGGGGGGUGACAGUGAGUCCAUCACCUCGCUGGCUGCCAAGAAGCUGCCCACGCCACAACUGAUGAGACUGUGGGGAGAAGCAGUGCAUUACAACCCUGACUUCAUCCGCAGCGUGACGCGGCCGCUAUAUGAGCUGGUGACCGCCAGAGACUUCUCCAGCGCUAACUCGCUGAAGAAGAACCUGAGGAGAGCCCUGGCUGAAUACCUGGAGGAGAACAGCUCUUGCCGCUGUGCCCCCUGCCGCAACAACGGACUGGCUGUUCUCAAAGGCACCAGGUGUGAGUGUGUGUGUCCAUCUGGCUACAGUGGACUGGGUUGUGAGAUCACCCAACGACCAGAUAUAGGCAUAGACGGCAGCUGGAGCUGCUGGGGUUCGUGGUCACCCUGCGCGGAGCGGUCUAAGACACGGAGCCGCCAGUGUAACAACCCUGCACCUAGCAGCGGAGGCAUAGCCUGCAGAGGACUCCAGAUGGACACUACUGAUUGUUUCUGAUAUUGUCCCGGACUCUUGAUUGAAAUAAAGAUAAUUCAUGUCA